AUGCCCUGUGAGGCAGUGACUCUGGCCGAGCAGCAGGAGCCUAGCACCUCCCAGCCCCAUAAAACCAGGAACAACGUCUUCGUACCAGAGGGUUUUCAGCUACCAGAGCAGGCACCAUGCAGUGAGGCCAGCUCGGAACUGGAAACCCGAGAACCGGGAUUGAGACCUGGCUUCAUCAAUAUCCGGACCUGGAGGAAGGGGGGACCCCGCAAUACUGGGGAGAAGCUAGGCAGAGAAGUCAGAGACAGCUGGGAAGGAAGAAAUCGGGGGGUUCUAACGCCUUGGACGACCCUGGCCCCAGUUCCGGGGCUGUUCGGAGCCCCGGAAAGUUUGCGCGCGUCAGGCGGACGGCGCGCCCCCUCCCCGCGCCUGCAGGCGCCGGGUCCGCAGGCGCCCACCCCGGCCAGCCCCGCCCGCGCCGGCUGCCCGCUCAAGGUCACCGCUGACAAGACGCCUGCCUCCGCGGGGCGAGUGGACCCGGGACGCGCUCUGGCUCGGGCUCUGGUCGGGCAGUGGUUCCCGGGGACGAGCGCCCGAGGAAGGGAAGCCAGCCGGGAGGAAGAGAGAGACCGAAGGAGAGGGGAGGAGGCCCAGAGCCCCGGGCCCGGCCGCCCCUGUCUCACCUGCGCCGGCUCCGCAAGCGAGAUGCUGCCGCUGCCGCUGCCGCUGGUGCGCGCCCGGCCCGGCCCGGCCCCGCUGCGGCUGCGGCUCCUCUGCCGCCGCUGCCCCGCGCUUGCCUCGCCCCGCCGCCCCGCCGCCGCCCGCCCGCCCGCCCGCCUGCCUCCCUCCCACCGCCGUCGCCUCUGCCGCCGCUGCACUGCGCUCUGCCCGCCUCCCUCCCUCUCUCCCUCCCCUCCCGCUCCCUCCUCCCCCGCGCGCUCCCCCUCGGCCCUCCCCAAACUCCGCACAGAGAGCGUCCUGCGGGACCCGGAGCUCGCGGUCCAGCCCGCGCCCUCCCCCGCGCGCGCGCUGGGGGGCCCGGGGAGCGGGUGUCCUGCCUUUCCCCGGGCUCGGUCUUCAGGUACCUCCAUCAGCACCAGCUCCUUACCGCCCCCGCCCAUCAGCCGGACCCUUGGAGGAACCCUUUUCCCUGGCCAUGUGACCUUGGACCUCAGACAAGAGGUUGGCCACACGGAGCCCCAGCAGCCCCAGCGGCUGAGUGGAGUGAGUCACCCCUGCCUCCCUGUGCUGCUGGAGAAGAGCGUGACGGAGGAGCCUGCAAAGCCUCGGGGGGUUCCAGGCAUGCACGCCAGGCUGCUCGGAGAACCCACGGUGGGCUCCCUGCCCCUGCCGCCUCUCCCGCACCUCAUCAGUUAUAACACCGCGAUGUGCCCUGCAUCAUGGGCGGCGCUACGCAUGCACCAUGGUCCGGGUAGGAGCUACUGGAGACACAAUCCUACCUCGGCUCCUUCCAACAUUCCUAGCUGCCUCGGCCACCAGCCUGGGGAGCCUCCCCGAGCAGCCCCCUCCGGCCUGCAGAGCUGCCCAAACAUCGUCCGCCUCUCCGUCAGCAGCUGUCAGAGCACAUUUGCCAUCAUAGCGUCAUCCGCGCUCCAGGAAGCCCAGGAGGCCGGGCGCUUCAGGGAAUGGCCAGAUUUAGUGAUGCCUCAGAUCUCUGGAUGA